AUGCCAGUGAUGCAGCAUUACAGGGCUGCACUCGCGUUGUCGUCCUCAGACGAUGCUGGGCGGUUCGCUUCUACCAUCACCAUCAAGCCAGCACCGUCCAAAUCUCACCUUCAUGCCUCCAUCCCAGACUCGUCCUUCCCAAAGAACUUUGUGGUGGCAGGAAGCCAUUGCGGUGUGAAGAAAAAUGCUGGUGUUAAUGAUCUGGCAGUCAUCCUAUCGACAUCAUCACGACCAGCAGCUGCAGCUGCGUGCUUCACUCGCAAUGCCUUCAAGGCCGCACCUGUGCUUGUCUCUCAAGAGGUGCUCGAAAAGGGCGCGGGCCGCGCAAGAGCCCUUGUUGUCAACAGCGGCUGCGCCAACGCAGUGACAGGCAAACAGGGCAUGGAGGACGCAUGGGCUAUGGUCAAAGCGACAGACGCUCUCCUUGAGCCCUCGUCACCCAGCUCAUCCGGGACACAUGAGACUCUUGUCAUGUCCACUGGCGUUAUUGGCCAGAACCUACCCAUAUCCAAGAUUAUCGCCGGUAUCGAAUCCAAAGCAUUAACUCUAGACUCGAACUUCAGUGCUUGGGAAAGUGCAGCAAAGGCUUUUAUGACCACCGAUACAUUCCCUAAGCUGCGCGCUCGCACUUUCACCAUCAAUGGACAGACAUUUCGAAUGGCUGGUAUAGACAAGGGUGCAGGAAUGAUCCACCCCGACAUGGGCCCUCCUGCUAGUGCGAAACAGCUCCACGCUACCUUACUUGCAUGCAUCUUGACCGAUGCUGCCAUCUCACCUCGAAGUCUACAAUCCGCCUUGACAUAUGCUGUUGAUCGUAGCUUCAAUUCUAUCAGUGUAGACGGCGAGAUGUCUACUAAUGACACCAUUAUCGUUCUUGCCAACGGCGCUGCCGCCGAUCAGUCAGCCAAAGAAAUCGACGAAGAGCACGAUAGAAAGGCAUACGAGACAUUCCGUGAAGAAUUGACUUCGUUCGCAACAGACCUUGCCCAGCUAGUCGUACGAGAUGGAGAAGGUGCGACAAAGUUUGUCACAGUCAAUGUGCAGGGAGCCAGUUCAUUUUCAGAUGCUCACCGCGUCGCUUCUAAGAUCUCCACCUCUGCACUUGUGAAAACUGCUUUGUAUGGAGAGGAUGCCAACUGGGGCCGCGUUCUCGCCGCCUCUGGGUCAGUGCAACUUUCUAUCCCUCUCGACCCCACUCGUGUUAGCGUCACAUUCGUCCCUGCCGAUGGUUCAACUCCUCUUCCUGUGCUGGUUGAGGGUGAACCAGAGCAGGUAGAUGAGGUUCGCGCGAAGGAGAUCCUUAGCGAGGAGGACUUUGAGAUCAAGGUCGAACUAGGUCUCGGCAAAGAGAGUGCGAAAUACUGGACUUGCGACUUCAGCUACGAAUAUGUAUCGAUCAAUGGAGAUUACAGAAGUUAA